GGGUGCAGAGCGGCGGUCCGUGCUGCCAGCCGCGGUGCCGCUUCGGACCCCGUGCGCCACGGUGCCCGCCGGCCAACGCCAACUUUUGCCCGGGAUCUGUCACAGCCCCGAUGCCCGCACCCGUCUGAGGGACGCUGCCCGUGAGUGGUGCGAGGGCGUGCGGGUGUGGGUGCGUCACCCCCCCCCAGGGCAGCGGGGCGAGGGGCAGGGUGAUCCUGGGCCACUCCUGCCCACCCUGGGGCAGGUUGGCAGCGUCGUCUCCUGGCUGUCCCCACGGUGCAGCACCACCCCGUCCCCUGCACCCCAACCUGGCAGCCCAGCAGCUGGGAGAGGCUGAGAGAUGGCCGAAGGGGAAAUCACCACCUUCACCGCCCUCACCGAAAAGUUCAACCUCCCGCCGGGGAACUACAAGAAACCCAAACUCCUGUACUGCAGCAACGGGGGCCACUUCCUACGCAUCCUCCCAGACGGCAAAGUGGAUGGGACCAGGGACCGAAGCGACCAGCACAUCCAACUCCAGCUAAGCGCGGAAAGCGUGGGAGAGGUGUAUAUAAAGAGCACGCAGUCUGGGCAGUACCUGGCGAUGGACACCAACGGGCUGCUCUACGGCUCGCAGUUACUGGGCGAGGAGUGCCUGUUCCUUGAAAGGAUCGAAGAAAACCAUUACAACACGUACGUCUCCAAAAAGCACGCGGAUAAGAACUGGUUUGUAGGCCUGAAGAAGAACGGGAGCAGCAAGCUGGGGCCGCGGACUCACUACGGCCAGAAGGCGAUCCUCUUCCUCCCAUUGUCCGUCUCGGACGACUAAACGCCAUCCGGGGAGCUCAGAGACAACCCGAGCCCCGAAACCCACUCACCGCCGCCUUCUUUUCCCUCACUCGCUCUCUUCUUGGCCAACAUAACAGAGCCAAACGUUAGAUCUCUGAGCUUUAGGUAAAGGCUUUACCACAGAUAGCCCAAGCAGAGCUCCCCGGCACCACGUGAAGCUUUGCAGAGGAGGGGAAAAGCCCCGACACCCUCACAGGGUCUCCAGUCCCCCUGCUGCCCCCUGCGCUCUGCCAUCACCAGGCUGCAGCCCCCAGGGACACCCACAAACCUGCCCCAGGCAGGCACCCAGAAAUGGGCCCAGGGCACCCCCAGGACACCCGGGAAACGCACAAUUCUACCGUCCCCAGCCAUUCUAACGCAAAACCUCCCUGGAUACUCUGCAUUAACAUAUUUAUCCAUCUAAGUAUGUAGCUUCUAAUAGGCCCUUCAAGCAAUUUGAGAUUGCACUAUCAGUCCAUUAAAUGCUUGCCGGCAUCCUUGGCGUAUGAAACGAAACUAGCAUCAGCCAAAAGCUCCGAGCCCUAGACCUCCUAGCCUCCCUUACCACGUGAAUAUGGUUAUAUUUCAUGCUAGUACCUGCCAUAUGUUAUUUGUAUUUAUUUAUUGAGUAAAUCUGUCUCUUCUACA